CUGGCUUGUUUUCCAAGGCCUUGUGAAGUUUUGGACUGGUGCCUCCAAACAACACCUAGGAGGUGUCACAAAAAAGUUGGGAAUCUGUCUCACCUCACCAUACUCCAUUCCCUGAGAGUAGAGGAGAUGGGCGGAGACUAGCUGGGUUAAGUCAUGCUAUCCAGCCGGAUUGUCAAGAGUAGUGGUGAAAACAUCUUCCCAGCUUGCUGAACACAGAACUGGCUGGAGAAAAGUUUAUUGGAGACUUGCAGGUUUUCCCUCGCUUCAAGUCAACUUCCUCCAUUCAGAAUUUGAGUGGCGGCCUUCUCAGGUCAUCUUGCACGCCAGCAUGAAGGUGGAACUCCUUCCAGCCCUCACGGACAACUACAUGUACCUCCUCAUGGAUGAGGAGACCAAGGAAGCAGCCAUUGUUGAUCCUGUGCAGCCCCAAAAGGUUCUGGAUGCAGUCAGGAAGCAUGGAGUGAAACUGACCACCGUCCUUACUACACAUCACCACUGGGACCAUGCUGGUGGCAAUGAGAAACUUGUAAAGAUGGAGCCGGGGUUACAAGUGUACGGGGGAGAUAGCAGGGUUGGAGCCCUCACCCAGAAAGUCUCUCAUCUUAUGUCAUUUCAGGUGGGCUCCCUCAAUGUGAAAUGCCUCUCGACCCCCUGCCACACAUCUGGACACAUCUGCUAUUUUGUGACAAAGCCAAACAGCUCAGAGCCGCCAGCAGUGUUCACAGGGGACACCCUGUUUGUGGCUGGUUGUGGAAAGUUCUUUGAAGGAACUCCGGAAGAAAUGUACAGAGCUUUGAUUGAGGUCUUGGGGCGCCUCCCUCCUGAAACGAAAGUCUACUGUGGCCACGAAUAUACCAUCAACAACUUAAAGUUUGCCCAGUACGUGGAACCAGAUAACCCUGCCAUCCAGAGAAAGCUGUCAUGGGCAAAGGCCAAGUACGAUGGAGGUGAGGCAACCAUCCCAUCAACCAUCGGUGAAGAAUUCACAUACAACCCAUUCAUGAGAGUGAGAGAAGCAACGGUGCAGCAUCAUGCUCGGGAAACAGACCCCGUUCGGACCAUGGGAGCCAUCCGGAAAGAAAAAGACAACUUCAAGGUGCCGAAAGAGUAAAUGAUAUACUGUAGAUCCACUGCUGUUUUUCUUUUUCUGUUAUUUAGUUCAGGAAAUUGAUGUCUCAUUGUCCUGUUUUAUUGAACUUACUCACAUUAUUGAAUUCAGUAGGAAAAAGCCACCAAAGCACUUUGCAGUUUAAAAAAACUGUUAAAAUCUAACUACUUGUAUCCUUAGCACUCAGCUGAUAAUUUUUUUUUAAUGUGAUGCAUGGGAGUUGUGUGGAUGUAUCUACCGGGGAGUGGAGGGGCUGUGGUUUUUGUCAUGGGGUCAAAUGUGGACAAGUGCCAUGGGCUUUCUUUGGAAGAUGACUUUGAACCCUUUGCCUCUUGAAUUGAAAUGCACACUCUAGUCUCUCGUUUCACUGUUUGAUUUUCCAUUCAUAAUUACUUGAAAGACUUCCGUAAGAAAACGUCUGUGUUCUUUCUAAACCCCGAAAUGAACUUUUCUUACCUGCAAAGAAGUAUUUUCUGCUAUUCCAAAUGCUCCUUUGAUCCUGAUGUUUGAGAUCUGCACGCGCUUGCUGCUUUGUCAACAAGCAAAGAGCCUGUGAGCACACAGAUCCCCUAGCACACCACCAGCCUCUCAGAGAAGUAGGAGCAGGCUGGGAAACCCACAGAGGAGAGGUGAUGUUGCCAGGAACAAAUAAAUAGAGGUAUUUGUUAUCUUUAAAUAGGAAAACGGUGAUUGUUUUGACAGCACUGUUGUUUCUACGCUGCACUUUAAAAAGAAAAAAACUUACAAUUGAAUUUAACAUCAUGGCUUCAACAAGAAAUAACUAGCAGCUUCAUUAAAUAUUCUCAGCACUCUGGAAAAACCCCAGUUCUCAGAGAUCCUUGUGUGCCGGGGAAGCAGUGACAAUAAAAAAUGGCGUUCUCUCUCUCUCUCUCUCUCCCUCUCCCUCUCUCCUUAAGCUACAAGGCCAAGUUGCGCUUGGAAAGCCUUCAGUGUAGCAGACUCAUUACAAGCUUGCUUGAAUUGUCAUUCCCUGUUGAUUCAGCUAAUGUACAUGUAAAUAAAUAUAUCUAAUAAAUAUACUUUAAGAGAUUAUUGAACAAGAAAA